AUGCUGAGUCCCAUAGUUCCAGUGGUCGACCACGACAUUGACGUUUUCAACAAAGUCAUCAUGACCAAUCUUUGUGGCGCAUUUUACCUGGCCAAAGCCGUGAUCCCCCACAUGAAAUUGGUUGGAAAGGGGGUGAUCGUAAAUACUGCAAGUAUUUCCGGCAUCGGAGGAGAUUAUGGUCUUUCUUCAUACAAUGCUGCUAAAGGAGGAUUGAUCAAUCUCACGCGGACAAUUGCCAUGGACCAUGCAAGAGACGGAAUUCGGGCAGUGACUGUCUGUCCUGGGUUCAUGGACACUCCUAUGUCCGAAGGAGUACUGCAAAACGAGAAGCUCAGGGAAGAAUUGUUCGAGAGCAUACCGAUGAAUCGCGGAAGGCAUCCAAUGGAGGUGGCUCAGUUGGUUCUGUUCCUUGCUUCUGAUGAAGCAUCUUAUAUCACUGGACAUCCUUUCGUUGUAGAUGGAGGAUGGAUUGCUCGCAACCCCAGUCCAAAUUGGUAUAAGUACAUUGGAGGAACUUAG